UAGUAUUAGUACUAUUAGUAGCCUCUGGGUCUACAACAAUAUGACACUGACAAACUGACCGGUAUGGAUUUAACGGUCCGUCUUUACCACGGUCUGUGUAUGGUGUGUAUGGAUAUGACAAUUGUUUCUGUGAUCUGUGAUGAUAUGACAUAUGUGAGAUGCAUUUGUUUUUCUCAAAUGUUGCAACGUUAGCGUCAUCUAUCGGAAUAUUAACUAUAGACAUUUUGUAAAAUCUAACAUAACCUAUUUUUUUUUAAUACUUUGGGUAAGUUUUCGAGUUUGAGCAGUUUUAAUUAAAAAAAAAAAUGUAAUAUAUGAACACAAUUUGAAUCCCAAAAUGUCAUCUCAUGGAAACCAAGAAAUUACAGAUCCUGUUGAACAGAUGCUUAAGAAGACAGGCUGCAUUGACUUGCAUUAUAAAGUGCAGGAAUGCAUAGCAGAUACCAAAGACUGGAGAAAGUGCCAGGAUCCUGUGGCUGACUUUAAGAAAUGUAUGGAACAAUAUCAAGAAAAAAGAUUAAAAGAAUCGGUGUAGCGUGCUGUAGUUAUUUGCUUAGUUGGC